AUGAAGCUCUUUGGUUUGAUCCUGAUGGGCGUUGUUGCUCCCUUCGCGACAGCCCAUUCCACCUUUACGACAAUCUACAUCAACGAUAUCUCACAGGGCGACGGCACCUGUGUUCGUAUGAACAUGAACUCGGAAAAUUCCAGCAGUCCGAUUCCUAGCUUAUCCAGCAAUGAUAUGGCUUGUGGCUCAAUGGGCGAGAAGGCCGUCGCGUUUACUUGUCCAGCCGCCCCUGGUGACAAGCUGACCUUUGAAUGGCGACUUUGGGCCAAUCUCGAGGAGCCGGGAUCCAUCGACCCUUCGCACAAAGGUCCCUGCGCCGUCUACGCCAAGCAGGUCGCCGAUAUGUCAACCACAACCGCGGCCGGCGAUGGCUGGUUCAAGCUCUGGGAACAGGGCUACGACAACACUACGGGCAAGUGGUGCACCGAGAAGCUCAUUGACGAUGGCGGCCUCAUGAGCGUCCAGGUUCCCGGCGGCCUGCCCACGGGCAACUACCUCUUCCGGCCCGAGCUGCUCGCCCUCCAGAACGUGCCCGAUGCCAACGACCCGCAAUUCUACACUGGCUGCGCCCAGAUCCAGGUGCAAGGCGGCGAGGCCACGGCGCUCGAUGUCCCUGCCGAGUACAGCGUCUCGAUUCCUGGCUACGUCAAGGACGGAGAGCCCAGCGUAACCUUUGACAUUUACUCGCCCGUCUUUCCUUACCCGAUUCCGGGACCCAAAGUCUACACCGUUCCUUCUUCUUCCUCUUCCUCUUCGUCUUCGUCGUCGUCCGGAUCCGGCGACAAACGCAGCGACUAUGCCACCACCAACGGCGCCGUCCUCGUCCCGUCCGACUACCUCAUCAAGGAGGGCAACUGGAUCGGCGUCGAGGUGCCCGACUACGACGACGAGGACGGCUGCUGGGCCGCCAGCGAAGACUGCUACGACCAGGCCGAGGUGUGCUACGACUCGGUCCCGCCCACGGGCAACCGCAACUGCCAGGUCUGGGAGGACAAGUGCCAGGGGAUCCAGGACGCCUGCUCGUCUGGGGAUUUCCAGGGCCCGCCCAACAAGGGACAAAAGCUCGUCGACGCCGAGGUUCGCACGGGCGUCGUGGUGCCCGCCGUGGAUAAUCUUGGCGGCAGUGGUGGUGGAGAUGAGACCGACAACGGCGGUGAGGAUGAUGCCAGCUCAGACUACUCGGCUUCCCCUAUCGUAACUGCUGCCCCGACCGAGGCUACCUCUGCGGCCAGCACUGGAUUCAGGACCGUGACGGUUUAUGUUACAGUCACUGCCUAA